UAUUUUUUAUUUUCAAAAGAGUGCCAGUGGGAGUAUGUACACGCCACCAGCUGCCUUCGGGAAACUAAAAGGGCUUGCGUAACAUGCGCUGUGAGUAACACACAGCGGAAGAAGAAUGAAGACGUUCGCGGGGUUAAAAAGCUUGAACUUCAACGCAUGCAUGUAUGCAUUCAUUUACUCAUUCAUUCAUCCAUUCAUGUGUUACAUACCUACAUAUCUACAUAACAUAACCAAGCAAGCCAUACCUCUACCCAGCGAUUCCACAAACUUUUCUCGAACCAUAACUGGAUGCUUGAUCUAAAGUACAUCAAAACCUGCAUCUUUUCCACCCCCUUCACAUAUCAACCCAGUAUAGACCCUUGUAUUUCUUCAUUCUUUCCAAUCGUCGAUCUAUCUAUCUCCUUCAAUAUAGUGGCACUCAAUCAUUUACUUACAUUAUAUUGUAGUCGUACCGUACACCAAUCUCAUACCAAUACCAAUACCAGUACCAGUAUCAGUACUCAAUGUUCUAGGUAUUCCCAUCUACCCUACCCUAUCCUUCCUAUCCACCUAGCACCGAGUAGAGAAAGUAAACAAAGUAAUGAUACGAAAAUAGUACCUCCUCCAACCUCUACAAUCCACCUACCUACCUAUCUAUCAAUAACUAAUCAGCCUCUCAAAACCACCUUCUACUUUUCUAUAUAAUCCCCUAUUCCCAUCUCUAUAUCGUUUUUCUUUCCCAUCUUCUUAUCUUUUUAUAUAUCUCUAUAGAAAGAAAUCAUUACCAUUUUGUUUGGGAUUACAAAUUUCCGUCGUCUUUUCGUCUACCCCGUCCAUAGAACUGAGCAUCUUAUUAGAGAUACAAACGCCAGAUUCUGAAAAUGGAGACUACUUUUAUGACUAUUCAUAGUAAGUUGUUUUUUUAGUUGAGGUUUUCUUUCAUUUUUUGGAUUUGGAUUUCGGUUUGGUUUGGGUUUGGAUUUGGGUGGGAGAGAUGAGGGAUAGUUGACGGGAUGUGGAAAGCGCCGGACCGGGGAAGCGGAGAUUGGUGCGAUGGGAGGGGUUAAGGGAAUUUCUUUUUUUGUUCUUGUUCUGGUUCAUCUUCUUGAUAACGGAUGAUUUGGCAGGACGGUGGAAGGCCUCGUGGGUUUAAGGACUUGGGUUCCGGGAAGGGGGUCGGGAAAGGAGGAGGCCUAGCACCCACGGAUGAGCUGGGAAAGAUGGAAGAAAGAUUCUUUUUCAAUGUUCCUAUUGUUUCCAUGUCAAAGUCCUUGCUUCUUUUCUCUUGGUUCUCCGUCGGCUUUCCGAUAUUUCAUUUCCAAAUAGUCUGCCUCCACGGCAGUGGCCCCCGGAGGGCUAGCGGAGCGUCAUAGCCAACUACACUCCAGACUAUCUACACACUAUUUCAUAGGGUUAUCAAUCUUCCUAUUAGUUCAACACCUUCUCAAUAAUUAAGCUAACGAUAUACUCUCAAACAGAUCUUUCCCGCGAAGCCAACAUCCUAUUCGCUUCGGAAUCCAUCUCUGAGAUCCUCGGCUACGAACCCGAAGAUGUAGUGGGUAAACCAUGGUUCGAGUAUUUCGACAAAAACAACGACAAUACUCCACUUGCUCGUCAAGCUACAAGUCAAGGUGUUCAUUUGGAGAAGGCGGCUGUGAUUUAUCAUGCCAGUAUUCAACACAAGUAUCCCGAGGAGAAUGGGAGGCCCAAAUUCGUUACUUGUGAAUGUGUUUUUACCGUUGUUCAUGAUGUUUUGGUUGCUUGUACUAGUAGGUACGAUAAGGAUGAAGAGCAUUUGGAUCAUUUGGAGACAAUUCGUGAAAGUAUUAGUAUGUUUUAGUUUUGUUUUUUUGCUUUCCUUUUCUUUUCUUCUACUCUUUUUUAACUUUUUCUUUACUGACAAUAAUUCAGAGAAGGAAACUUCCAAGAGUCUUGUCAAACGAUUCACUGCCCCUCCAAAAGAUUUGAGAUAUCACAUGUUGGAGAAUCUUUCCUUCAAAUUUCGAGUUCCAAAUACCGACAUCUCUACACGUGAACCAAGAGCUGCUCUGAUUCUUAAUCGUUUCACUCGAAGCUUAACAGUCAUGUAUUCUACCGAUGCCAUUGAAAAAGUUCUCGGUAUCAGUAAGGAAUACAUGGUUGGGAAAAGUUUCUACGAAUGCAUUCAACAACAAUGUUUAACUGAAUCAAUUGCAGCUAUCGAAAGUGCAAAAGGAAAUGAUUCUAUCGCUCAUCUUAUCUUUUGGUGUCGUGAUCCUCGUCAUCCUCAUGAGAUUGAAGAACUUAAUCAAGCUCUCGACGAGGCUAGUGAUAUUAGUGGAAGUGAAGAUGAAGACGAAAGUGGUGCAGCUGGUGGAAAUUUCAACUCAUCAUCUACUCCAUCAACCACAACCACUCGAUCUAUUACUCAACCCCGCAGAGGAGGAGUAAUUCGACGAAACAAUCGUCAAAGAUCUACUAAUAAUCCAAUUACCCGUGAAGUUCUAACUGCAUUUCAACCCAUUCAAUUGGAAGCCGUCAUUUCAUGCACUUCAGAUGGUCUGGUUGUUAUUUUGCGUAAAGCUCCAGCCGCAUCUCCAGUUCACCAUCAAGCAAUCGCUCCAUGGGGUAUCAAUCCCAUUGCUCCUCACGUGCAUCAACCCGCCCUCAACAAUGAUUUCAUCCAUGGACCCGAAGCAUCGGCCUUGCAACCGGGUACUUCCAAAGAAGAAGCCAUAAAGAGUAUUCGCGAAGUAGCAGUUUUCGCCUGGGCCCUCUGUGGUAUCAAUGGAAAUAUUUCUGCCUACGGACACGGAAAACCAGGCCCGAAAUCUCAACCGGCUGUUCUACCGGUUUGGAAUCCUGAUGGACCCGCAGAGAUUGAUCCGCCGAUUAAUCGGGCAGAGUUAGAUUGGAAGCGGAGACUGGGGAAGAGAAAGGAAACAGGGAGAUCGCUAGGAAGUGUUUUUCGAGAGGAAAGAAAUGAGAGGAGGGAGAAGAGGAGAAAGACGGGUUUGGGCUUGAUGGCUGGGAAUGAUUUGAAAUCUGAUGCUUAUGCGGUUCCGCGUGGUUAUCAAUCGUUUGCUCAGGGUCAGGUGGGUUAUGCGCAUCUGGAUCGUGGGUUUAGUACUGGGGGUGCGGUGUCUGUAAAUGGGAAUGGGAAUGGUUAUGGGAAUGGGAAUGGGAAUGGAGUUGGGAAUGGUGGUGCCGGGGCGUAUGGGAAUGGAAAUAGGAAUGGAAAUGGAAAUGGAAAUGGAAAUGGUAAUCAUCAUAAUGGAUAUGCACAUGGAAAUGGAAAUGGAAACGGAAACGGAAAUGGAAAUGGUCCUCAUUAAGUAUCUAUUACUCCAUCUCAAAUCUCAAAUCUCAAAUCUCAAAUCUCGCAUCAACAAGCUCACAUAAAGUAAUAAGUCUCAUUCACUCAUACAUAUACAUUUAUAUAUAUUCCUACACAUUAAUCUUAGUAGUAAGUAGGGAAAUUAUUAAAAAA